UUUGAUGAUCUAAUUAGGGUUUUGCUAUAAGAAAAAUUAAAUCUUAUUUUUGAUGAAGAUUGAAUGCUGUUUUUUAUUGUUUUCGCAAAAUAUGAGGUUUUUUUUCUUUUCUUUUUAGAAUUUCAACCUAUGAAUUUAUUCUUCAAAUCAGAAGCUUUAGGGCUAAUAUACUGAGAGGUAGGAGUUUUUUGGUCUAUUGUUUUCCAAAUUUGUGGAGAAAUCAGCAAUGGCAUCUAAGAGAAUCACCAAGGAAUUGAAAGACCUGCAGAAAGAUCCUCUUGUUUCUUGCAGUGCAGGUCCUGUAGGAGAUGACAUGUUUCAUUGGCAAGCAACGAUUACGGGGCCAGCAGAUAGCCCUUAUGCGGGUGGGGUGUUUCUGGUGUCCAUUCACUUCCCUCCUGAUUAUCCAUUCAAACCACCCAAGGUAUCCUUCGAGACAAAAGUGUAUCACCCAAACAUCAACAGCAAUGGCAGCAUCUGUCUUGAUAUCUUGAAAGAACAGUGGAGCCCUGCACUUACAGUUCCAAAGGUGUUAUUGUCGAUAUGUUCGUUGCUGGCGGAUCCAAACCCAGAUGAUCCUUUGGAACCAGAAAUUGCACAUACAUACAAGACGGAUAGAGCCAAGUACGAGUCUACUGCUCAGGCUUGGACCCAGAAAUACGCCAUGGGUUAAAUAUGACUUUAGGAUUCUACUCCAACAUGCUUUUUAUUUUAUUUGCCAACUGUUUUUAAAAUCUUCUUCUCAUUUAUUAUUUCCAAGUAUAAUUAAAUUUAUUUCUACUUUUGGU